AUGGGGAAGUCCCCGAAAGGGAAGGGCAAGGGGUCCAAAGGAAAAAGCAAAUCACCCAAUAGCAAGGGUUCCAAGGGAAAAAAUGUCGUGGAAGAGCCCCCAGUCGAAAGGGGCAUGCAAACCGACCCCGACGGUUUCUGCUACAUGUGCUGCGUGGAGUUCAGUGAUGGAGCCGCCAUACAAGCGCAUACGCUACUCAUGGACCACAGACCGCCUUACGACAUUAGUCACCAGCACUGUCGAGGGUGCAAAGACAGGGUCUUUAUGAAAUGGUCAGAGAAACACAAGUGUUGCCUCGCCAAGGCUGCUUACCUGCGUCAUAUCAGCUCUAAUGUCUCCCUGCCUGGCGGUCCACCCUACAGAUGUCUUUUCUGUCGUAGCAGACCUUUCAGCUCACGCAGCGAAUUAACUGUCCACCUGUUGGCCUACCAUCGGCCUCAGAGGCAGCCGGGCGUCUGUGGUAUGUGUUCCUUUACGUUUACAGAACCCCUUCCACCCCCUCCACCCCCUGUCCCACCUCCACCGGCAAAUGCCGAUGAGGCUGCCCUACAACAAUACGCCAAGGACGUCAAAAAGGCCACAGAGUUGCGAAUGUGUGAAUUUGAGUACGCCGAGGUGGCGCCCGGUUUGCUUGAUUUGCACAACCACUGUACCAAAGUGCACGUUCCAGCCUACACCCUGCUUCUUCGACAGAAGCUCCUGACAGAUUUCCAUCUCAGAGAACCCUUUGCUUGCGUCAUCUGUGGUCAAGUGUUCCACAGUAACGUGGAAUACCACGCACACAUCAUUUGUCGUCAUGCCACCGACAUCGUUGUGAAGGAAGAACUCCGGAUAUGCUCAAUAUGCUCCAAAGGCAUUCGAUCGGAAGACUGCUUCAAUAAACAUGUGAAACGGCGCCACGAGGAGCCUAUAGCACACCUGGCUGCUUUGUGGACCAGUCGGGAACUGAUGAUGGAUGCAACUGACGCCAGUCAGGUGUGUGUCACUUGUUGGGAAGUCCUGCCCAAUGAAAUCCAACUCCAGGCCCACAUUCUGGUGGCUCACACGUCAAACAACCCCUUAGUUUGCGGCUGGUGCAACCUAGAGUUCACCGCCUACCCGGAUCCCCUUGUUGCUUUUCCCAUCUUCUUGAAUCAUGAACGCAAUCACGCCAGGGCUCUCCACAGUCAGGCUUUGGAGUCCAAGAGGACCUUUGAUCCGGUUCCUGAGCUCCUCAAUGAGGACUUUACUGCGGAAGCUAUCGCGGCCAUGCUUGCCGCGCAAGCCGAAGGCGACGCCAGUAAAAGCUCCAAGUCGCCGAAGAGCAAAUCGGGGAAGAGCAAGGGUAAGGGAAAGGAAAAGAGUAAGGGUAAGUCUUCGCCGAAAAAGAAGAAGUAA